UUUUAGAGUUUAGUUCCGUUGCACACGCAGCUAACGACAGCACAUACCUCCCAAUCUCCCAUCUUACUCAUUGCACAUCCAAAAGAUUGACACACAUGUCAGCCACAACGCCGCCGUCUCCGCCACAGCGACUGGCUGCACCACCUUCUCAUUCCUCAAACAAAUUACGUAAUUCCACACCCAUCCGAUCCUUCAACCGUAGGGAUUUUUCCAUUCGAUGUGAAUUCGAGAAUAGUCAAAGGUGGACGGUUCGUUGUGUUUCCGGCACUGAUCCAAUUCAUAUUAUUCUAAAACCUCCUUCCAUUCCAAUGGCUUCAGCUGCUGUUUUAGGUUCUUCUAGGAAGAAUUCUAAAAGAGUUUGCUUAUUCUAUUGCAAUGAAAUGAAGGACCUUGCGGAGAGAAUUGCUUCCCAAUCUGACGCCAUUGAGCUUCGUAGCAUCACUUGGAGGACUUUUGAAGAUGGAUUCCCCAACUUAUUCAUAUCUAAUGCUCAUGGCAUCCGUGGACAGCAUGUAGCUUUUCUUGCUUCCUUUAGUUCUCCUGGAGUAAUUUUUGAGCAAUUAUCCGUCAUUUAUGCAUUGCCAAAGCUCUUCGUUUCCUCAUUCACACUUGUCCUUCCGUUUUUCCCAACGGGCACAUCUGAGCGUAUGGAGGAUGAAGGUGAUGUUGCCACAGCUUUUACACUUGCCAGGAUUUUGUCGAACACCCCAGUUCCUCGAGGAGGACCAACUAGUUUAGUUAUAUUUGAUAUCCAUGCCUUGCAGGAGAGAUUCUACUUCGGAGACAAUAUACUACCAUGCUUUGAGAGCGGGAUCCCAUUGCUCCUAAAUAGACUACAACAACUCCCUGACUCUGACAAUAUAUCUAUAGCUUUUCCUGAUGAUGGUGCAUGGAAACGUUUUCACAAGCAGCUUCAGCAUUUUCCAAUGAUUGUCUGUGCUAAAGUUAGGGAAGGUGAUCAACGAAUUGUACGGAUUAAGGAGGGAAACCCUGCAGGGCGUCAUGUUGUGAUAGUGGAUGAUCUUGUACAAUCAGGGGGCACUCUAACAGAAUGCCAGAAAGUGUUGGCUAAACAUGGAGCUCAAAAGAUAAGUGCUUAUGUGACCCACGGAAUUUUUCCAAACAGAUCGUGGCAGCGUUUUAGCCAUGACAAAGGAGGUAGUCCUGAGAAUGGAAUGACUUACUUCUGGAUCACAGAUUCAUGCCCUCAAACUGUGAAGGAGGUGAAAGACAAAAAACCAUUUGAGGUUCUGAGCCUUGCUGCUCCCAUAGCAGCUGCACUUCAGAUUUAACUGCAGAUUCUGUAUAUUAACUGCAAUGUCCUUGGAUUCAAGAUAUAUAGAGAAAGCUAGGAGAAGCCAGGGGUUCCUGCUAGCAUUAUCGAGAUGAGUUCAGAUUGAUGUCGAUAGUAUUUUUUUCAACUCUAUUUACAGCCGAGAUGACAGACUUUGAUGCCAGCAUAAUGAAAAUGUUUACUACUCUCUCAAUCGAAUCAUCAUUUGAAGAUUUCCCUUAAAAUGAUUUACCUCGAGAGUUGAAUCCUUUAUUUCCCAUAAAAUGCUUGCUUCUAUCAUAAACUGGAUCUUUAAUUUAAUUUGGAUGAUUCUAUCA